CAAGCUAGGCGUGUUUUAUUUAGACAUUGAUGCUGGAUCAAGGAAGAAUUCUGGAAUUGCGCGACAUAACCAGUAGAUUGAGUGUCAUCGGUUCUGUAAUAUUGUUGGUUAAUAAUACAAUCGGUGCGCCGAUUCACGGGAUUUCAAGUUUUAAGAAGAAUAUUAAGGAGCACUUGAAUGCAUUGUUGGACUCUGUACAUUCCAACAAGGAUUUGGAAGCUGCGAUGCCAAAUAUUGUACUUCAAGUAAAAGAAGAUGUGAAAGCGACUUUACGGGAAGUCGAUGCUCCCGAGUUGUCUCCAGAAUUAGAAACAUUAUUGGAGGGUCAGAUAGCCGAUCUUGUAGAUACAAAACAUAAGAUCAGAUAUCUUGUCAGUUUGCGAAUUAGACAAUUCCUGCAGAAAAUCAUUCAGACGCAAUCUGUUGCGCCCCAACAAGUACCGCCAGGUCUCUCCUCGCUGCAAGAAGAAUUAACGGCCAUCGCUGCUCGAUUUGUAAUACUUAUCUCGCAUAAUCGUAGCGUAUUUGGUGAAUAUUACCAGGAUAUUGUCGCAAACGCGUUUGCGAAAAAUGAUGUUGACAAUAACAAGGAGAUGCAUGAAGCACAUACCAUGGAAUUGUAAAAAAUGGAAAUAGAGACAAAAAGUGAAA